AUGGCAAAACGCUUCCGUAUUGCUGUGGAAAAACCUCCAAAUGGGGGCCCAGAGACGCAGGCCCCUCCGCUCCCCAGCGGCUCCAGCUUCCCCAGGGGCGUGUCUGGCGCGGGCCCCUCUGGCCCCCCGCCCGGCGGCUGGGCCCGGGAGCUCGUGGACCCGGAGGACCUGAACCUGACCUCGGAGGAGCUGCGCCUGGACCUGGGCCCAGACAGCCAAGCCCUCGGGCCCAUCUGCGCGGCCUACCUGCCCAUCUUGGCGGUGGGCACGGCGGGCAACGCCCUGACCUGCCUGGUCAUCCUGCGGCACAAGGCCAUGCGCACGCCCACCAACCACUACCUGCUCAGCCUGGCCGUGUCCGACCUGCUGGUGCUGCUGUGGAUGCCCUGGAGUUUACGAGUGUGGCGAAUACCCUUCGGCUGGCGCCGGGCGGUUAUUCCGUGCUGUUUUCGAGACGUUUGCCUUGGUCGCUCACGGCUCCAGGAGCUGGAGGUGCCGGGUCCGGCGGUGCCGGAUUCGGGCUGCGUGGUGCGGCUUAGGCUCUACCCCUGGUGGUGAGGGACGGCGGUGUUUUUUCGCCUGCCCAUGGCCGCCAUGGGCACCCUCUAUGCGCUCAUUGGCCUGAGGUUGCAGGGAGCGCGCCUAGCCUCACGGCAGCCCAGGGCUGGGGCUGUUCGGGCCCCCUCAAGAUUCGAGAAGCUGCGCCAGAGGCAGCUGACCAAGAUGCUGUUUGUGCUGGUGGUGGUGUUCGGGCUGUGCUGGGCCCCGUUCCACGCGGACCGCGUUAUGUGGAGCUGCGUGUCCUCCUGGACCGAGGAGCUGCUCCAGGCCUUUCAGUACGUGCACGUGGCCUCCGGCAUCUUCUUCUACCUUAGCUCGGCCACCAACCCCGUGCUGUACAGCCUGCUGUCCAGCCGCUUCCGGGGGGCCUUCCGCCAGGCCCUGGGCCUGCGGGGGCGGCCCGGGACUCGUCCGGCCCAGCCCCUAAAGGGGGGCCCGCUGCCAGCUGGGGUUCUGGGCAGCGGGAGCCCACGCUCUCCCGGCUAGAAGGGAGUGUGGUCGGGGCAACCUCAGAGAGGGCCAGGAGGGCCGGCGGAGAGAUCCUCCACACAGGGAGGGGGGAAGGGGAAGCAGGAAGCAGGCCUGAAGCCAGCACUGGAAGCACUGCAAGUAUUCUCUCAUUUAUCCUCUAAACCUGGGCGUAGAUGCAUCUAUGAUCCCCAUCUAACAGAUGGAGAAACCGAGGCAGAGGUCAAGUGACCUGGCCAGGGUCACGGGGCUGGUGCAUGUCUGAGGCUGGAUGGGAACUCAGGCUCAGCAAACUGGCCACGCUGCUCCCCAGGAGGGAACCUCAGGACCCCUGGGUGAGUGGUGCAGACCUGAGACCUUCCCUCUCGGCGUGGGGGGCUCUUCACCCUCGCCUGGAUGACCUCCUGGGGCCCCUCCCACUCUGAGCUUCCACUUCCUUCCACAAAAUCAUCCUCAGCAAAGUCCGAGAGUCCUGGAUACCCAGAGGAGGGAAGGAUUCGAAGCUGUGACCGAGGGCUCAGUUUCCUCCUCUGGCAAACAAGGACCCAGACCAGAUGGUUUCCUGGGAAUCUUCCGGGUCUGUGAGCCGGGGCUCACUGAAUCCGGAUUUCCUCUUGGACGUGGCUAAUCAUUUCCAUCUCCAGUGGUGGGGAGGGAGCUCCCCCAUCCGCAGGGCUCGGGAGUCCAGAGGAGGCCGCCCGAGGCAGAAGGAGCCAGGGAUGCUCAAUGUGGAGGAGAGAUGCCCACAGGAAGCUCGUCGUCGUCAGGACCUGAGAGCCGGCUCUUGGGACUGGGCGGAGCCUCAGUCAGCUCCGGGGGCUCCAGGGGAGGGGGCCAGGCGGAAAAACCAGGAGCCGCCCCCAGCCCGCGGGCUGCGCUGCAGCAGGAGCCGAGGGCUCCGUCUCCGGGGGCCCUUCCGGCAGGGCCGGCCGGAUGCCUCUGGUCCCUCCCUCGUCCCAGUCGCUUCGUAGCCCGAAUCACUGAAUGGGUGUUGUUUCAAUCAAAGGGUGAAGACCUUAGCUUAAAAAAGCCAAUUGCAUCCAGGGCCGUCUCUGGCCACUGGCCCAGAUGGUGCCGGAGGGAAAAGUGACGCAGGUGACUUGGCCACCAGCUUCCCUCACUCAGAUCCGGUUCAUUCACCUCCCCGAUAUCAUGGUGCUCUUAGAGAACAAGGACAAACCGGGCCCCUGGUCAGCCAUGGAUCGGUGGCCGUUGGAGCUCCUUCCAGUCCCGAGAGCCCACAUGGGCAAGCUAUUCCAUUAAAAAAAACUCAGAUGAAGAAAUCCAUCAAUGAGUCAAUCAACAACCCCCCUUUUUAGCUCUUAAAGUACCUGGCUGCAAAGCCCUUCCAUUCCAGUGGACUCGAUAAGUAUUGAUUAAGCGCCGGAGACACAAAGAAAGGCAGAGUGAUCCCUGGCAGAAAAUGGGACAGCAACUGCACAGACAAGACACAGACGGGACAAGGACGGGGAAAGAUUUCUUUCUUUCUUUCCUUUUUUUUCCCCUCUUUGG